AUGUUAGAUGAAGUAUUAUGUAUAAUAGAGGUAAAUAGGGAUACAUCUUGUAUAUCUGCAUAUUGCAUGCGCCGUUUAUUUAUAUUGGGGUGUAUAGCCAACUUAAUUAAGGAAAUACCUAUUCAUCUUUUUCUUACCGAUUUCCUUUCUUCUGCUAUUAAGGCUUCUAUUGUUAAAGGACCUAAAGGUGUUCCUUUGAUGGUUUAUGAGAGACUUUCCUUAGAUGCAUUCGCAAGAGAAUUACAUACAGGACAUAAAAAACAAACUGUUGCAUCUAAGGCCGUAGGAGAGGCACUAAGAAGAUUAAAGUUUGGUUGGGUAUUGCCAAUGGGUAGAGUGUGUCUCCCCUUUGAGAGCAGCAGCAGCAGCAGCAGCAGCAGCAGCACGAAGCCUCGUGGUAAUUCUGCUGCUGCUGCUGCAGCAGCUGCUGCAGCUGCUGCUGCUGCUGCUGCUGGGUCUAAUACUACUAGUGGUAAUGCAGCAGCAACAACAGCAGCAACAACAGCACCAGCUACACAACAGCAGCAACUACAAAAUGAUGCAAGCUCUGCUGCAGGGGAUUCAGCAGCAGCAGCAGCUGCUGCUGCUGCUGCUGCAGCAAAUUCUGCUGCUACUGCUCCUACACCUAAGAAAAGAGGGAGACCUAAACAAGAGAUGAUGAUGAUGCAGCAGCAGCAACAGCAACAGCAGCAGCAGCAGCAGCAUAGUCAUGGGAAGAAGCAGCAGCAGCACCACCACUCUGAUGGACAGAUGGAUGCAGCAGCAGCAGCAGCAAGGAUGAAGACAGAAGAAGGUACAGCAGCAGCAUCACAGCAGAGAGGUAGCAGCAACGGCCCCACAGCAGCAGCAGCAGCAGCAGCAGCAGCAGCAGAUGAUAGCUCUAGUGAGGAAGAAGAAGAAAGACCACAGCAGCACAUCAGCAAAAAAGGUAAGAAGAUAGCAGCACCUCUAUCUAAAGGUGUAGAUACACCGCAGCAGCAGCAGCAGCAGCAGCAGCAUCAUCAUCACCGCAUGCAGCAGCAGCAGCAGCAACCUGUACCCAUGGAUAGCUCUGAUGAUUCUAGUGAUGAUGACGACAACUAA